UGCCUACCGGCGCAGACCGGGAGAAACUUGGCUGUGGGGAGAGAGGGAGGGCCGCCAGAGAAGGUGUCAGCAUGCCGUCUGCUUUCCAGUUCCAAUGCCACUUCAUUCUCAUCUUCCUGGCAGCCUCCAAGGGGGAAACCAGAUACCUAGAGGUGAGGGAUGCUGGUGAAGAUGAGCCUUUCUUACUCCUCAGUGAAGAUCUGAAGCGAGAGCUGUCUGCAGGGCAGAUCUACCGGCGGUCACUCCGGUGUAUUGACAUGCUGAGUAUAGAGGGGCAGUUCACCUUCACUGCAGACCAGCCGCAGCUACACUGUGCGACCUUCUUCAUCGGGGAGCCCGAGGAGCUCAUCACGAUAGACUAUGACUUCGUAAACAUUGACUGUCAAGGGGGCGAUUUCCUGAAGGUAUUUGAUGGAUGGAUACUCAAAGGAGAGAAAUUUCCCAGUUCCUUGGACCAUCCCCUUCCCACUUCCCAAAGAUACAUAGACUUUUGCGAGAGUGGCAAUAUUCAGAGGAGCAUCAGGUCAUCGCAGAACGUGGCAAUGAUCUUCUUCAGGAUUCACCAGCCAGGCAAUGGAUUUACCAUCACAGUCAAGAAAAAUGCCAACCUCUUUCCUUGCAAUGUCAUCUCUCAGACUCCCUCGGGAAGGUUUACCAUGGUCAUUCCUCAUCAGCACAGAAACUGUAGCUUCUCCAUAAUCUACCCGGUGGUGAUAAAAAUAUCUGAUCUUAUCCUGGGACAUUUAAAUGGCCUCUUUUUAAAGAAACCAUCAGCAGGCUGUGCAGGAGUGGGAGAUUUUGUAGAGCUGCUAGGAGGAACUGGCUUAGACCCAUCGAAGAUGUUUCCACUAGCUGAUCUCUGUCACUCCUUUCAUGGGUCUGCCCAAAUGAAGAUUGGCUGUGAGAAUACCGUGCUGCGAAUGGUCUCCAGCGGCAAACACAUCAACCGUGUGACGUUUGAGUAUCAUCAGCUUGAUCUGCAGGAAACAGAAAACAGAAAGGAGAAUAGCAUUGAGGAAUUCUGCUUUCCUAGUAUCUGAGACACUAGGCCACAAAUUUUCACACAGCUAAUGAAAGUAAGGUUCUGGUGAAUUAAAAAAAUGUA